CCGCCGCUUCCUGGUCGCGGGUCGGUUUGGAGGGUUCGGGCUGUUCCGCGCGAUGUUGCCCUACACGGUCAACUUCAAGGUGUCGGCGCGCACCCUCACCGGGGCCCUCAACGCCCACAACAAGGCGGCAGUGGACUGGGGCUGGCAAGGUUUAAUUGCUUAUGGAUGUCAUUCGCUUGUGGUAGUGAUUGAUUCUAAUACGGCCCAAACUCUUCAAGUUUUAGAAAAACAUAAAGCUGAUGUUGUCAAGGUGGGAGAUGUUCAGUGGUUGUGGAAUCAAGAUGCUUCCCGAGAUUUACUGCUUGCCAUCCACCCGCCAAAUUACAUCGUGCUCUGGAAUGCAGACACUGGCACCAAACUGUGGAAGAAGAGCUAUGCAGACAACAUUCUUUCCUUUUCUUUUGACCCUUUUGAUCCCUCACAUUUAACUUUACUCACCAGCGAGGGUAUUGUUUUCAUCUCAGACUUCUCUCCAUCCAAGCCUCCCUCGGGCCCUGGGAAAAAAGUUUACAUAUCCAGCCCACACUCUAGCCCAUCUCAUAACAAGCUGGCUGCAGCCACAGGUGCCAAGAAGGCUCUUAAUAAAGUAAAAAUUUUAAUCACUCAAGAGAAACCUAGUGCUGAAUUCAUGACUCUUAAUGAUUGCCUUCAAUUGGCAUAUCUGCCUUCAAAAAGGAACCACAUGUUGUUACUCUAUCCUCGAGAGAUUUUAAUCCUUGACCUUGAGGUGAAUCAAACAGUGGGUGUGAUUGCAAUAGAACGAACAGGAGUUCCAUUUCUGCAGGUAAUACCCUGCUUUCAGCGUGAUGGUUUAUUUUGUCUACAUGAAAAUGGUUGUAUAACCUUACGUGUUCGAAGAUCUUACAAUAGCAUUUUCACCACUUCAAAUGAGGAACCAGAUCUAGAUCCUGUUCAGGAGCUUACCUAUGAUUUACGAAGCCAGUGUGAUGCAAUCAGGGUGACAAAAACUGUCCGUCCCUUCAGUAUGGUAUGCUGUCCUGUCAACGAGAAUUCAGCUGCCCUCAUCGUGAGUGAUGGCAGAGUCAUGAUAUGGGAACUCAAGUCUGCUCUUUGUAACCGCAGUUCACGGAACAGUAGUUCUGGUGUGUCACCUUUAUAUUCACCAGUGUCUUUCUGUGGAAUUCCUGUAGGAGUGCUACAGAAUAAACUCCCAGACCUUUCCUUAGAUAACAUGAUUGGACAAAGUGCAAUUGCUGGGGAAGAACAUCCCAAAGGCUCCAUUCUGCAGGAAGUGCACCUCAAAUUCCUGCUUACAGGGCUGCUUUCAGGACUGCCCUCACCACAGUUUGCUAUCCGUAUGUGCCCACCAUUGACCACAAAAAACAUCAAGAUGUAUCAGCCACUGCUUGCUGUUGGCACAGGAAAUGGUUCUGUCCUGGUGUACCACCUCACCAGCGGUCUGCUACACAAGGAGUUAAGCAUCCAUUCAUGUGAGGUCAAGGGUAUCGAGUGGACAAGUUUAACCAGCUUUCUUUCUUUUGCUACCUCAACACCAAACAACUUGGGAUUAGUGAGAAAUGAACUUCAGUUGGUUGAUCUUCCAACAGGGCUAAAUGACUGUGUUUACAUUGUGUCAUCUGAGUUUUUCAGUUUACUGAACUCUUUAUUUGUAUUAAUUCAUGGUGAAAUUUUUGCAAAAAGAGGCUUAUUUAGUAAUUUUGUUUAUUUUAGGCAGUAUUUAGCAGUUGUAUUCAAAGAUAAACCCCUGGAGUUAUGGGAUGUUAGGACUUGUACCCUGCUUAGAGAAAUGUCCAAAAACUUCCCUGCAGUAACUGCUUUGGAGUGGUCACCAUCUCACAACUUGAAGAGCCUGAGAAAGAAACAGCUUGCUACUCGAGAGGCAAUGGCCCGCCAGACUGUAGUCUCGGACACGGAGCUAAGUAUUGUUGAGUCAUCUGUGAUCAGCUUGUUGCAGGAGGCAGAAAGUAAAUCUGAACUCAGUCAGAACAUCUCUGCCCGGGAACAUUUUGUAUUUACUGAUAAUGACGGCCAAGUUUAUCAUCUCACUGUUGAAGGAAACUCAGUGAAGGACAGUGCUCGGAUUCCACCAGAUGGAAGUAUGGGUAGUAUUACAUGCAUCGCUUGGAAAGGUGAUACAUUAGUACUUGGAGAUAUGGAUGGAAAUUUAAAUUUUUGGGAUUUGAAAGGCAGAGUAUCCAGAGGAAUACCUACACACCGAAGUUGGGUGAAGAAGAUCCGUUUUGCUCCUGGCAAAGGAAACCAAAAGUUAAUAGCAAUGUACAAUGACGGCGCUGAAGUGUGGGAUACUAAAGAGGUUCAGAUGGUGAGCAGUUUAAGAAGUGGAAGAAACGUGACCUUUCGAAUAUUGGACGUGGACUGGUGCACAUCAGAUAAAGUGAUCUUGGCAUCGGACGACGGGUGCAUCAGGGUGCUGGAGAUGUCUAUGAAGUCGACGUGUUUUAGAAUGGACGAACAAGAGCUAACUGGGUCAUUUGACAUAAAGAAACUCUUGCUUGAUCCAGAAUUCACUCUCCUACAGAGGUGCCUGCUUGUUUCAAGGCUCUAUGGCGAUGAGUCGGAGCUGCACUUCUGGACUGUCGCUGCCCACUACCUGCACAGCUUGUCCCAGGAAAAAUCAGCAAGCACCACAGCUACCAAAGAAGCUGCUCCUCGGGACAAAUUGAGCAACCCACUAGAUAUAUGUUACGAUAUACUCUGUGAAAAUGCCUAUUUUCAGAAAUUUCAACUGGAAAGGGUCAAUCUACAGGAAGUAAAACGGUCAACUUACGAUCAUACAAGGAAAUGUACAGACCAGCUACUACUCUUGGGUCAAACAGACAGAGCUGUGCAGUUGCUAUUGGAAACAAGUGCGGAUAACCAGCAUUAUUAUUGCGAUUCACUGAAAGCCUGUUUGGUCACUACUGUCACCUCAUCAGGCCCCUCGCAGAGCACUAUUAAGUUGGUGGCAACUAAUAUGAUUGCCAAUGGCAAGUUGGCAGAGGGCGUCCAGUUGCUCUGCCUGAUAGAUAAAGCUGUGGAUGCCUGCCGCUACCUGCAGACAUAUGGCGAGUGGAAUCGGGCAGCGUGGCUCGCAAAAGUCCGUUUAAAUUCUGAAGAGUGCACUGAUGUCCUAAAGCGGUGGGUUGACCACCUUUGUUCUCCACAAGUCAAUCAGAAGUCAAAGGCCCUCCUGGUCCUUCUCUCUCUGGGCUGCUUUUAUAGCGUGGCAGAGACGCUGCACAGCAUGAGAUACUUCGAUAGAGCAGCCUUGUUUGUGGAAGCCUGUCUCAAAUAUGGUGCAUUCGAAGUCACUGAGGACACAGAGAAACUCAUAGCGGCUAUAUUUGCAGAUUACGCCCGAAGUUUGAAGAACCUCGGUUUUAAACAGGGAGCAGUUCAUUUUGCUUCGAAAGCUGGAGCAGCUGGCAAAGAUUUGUUGAAGGAGCUGGAGUCCCCCAAGGAAGAACCGACCAAAGAGUGACAGGCUAAUAUUGCCAGGGACUCUGACCUCGGAGGCAGGUGGAUGGGGACACGGGUCUGGCUGUGGUCACCGUCACAGUCCAGACCAAUGAGGAAGACAGGGUCCUGGUGAGCUGUUUCACCACCUUUCUGAAGCUAGAGGUGCGCAGCAGUAUACAGGCGUCUGCAUUAGGAGCAAGUUCUGCGUCCUGCAUUGAUCUCAGAGAAGAUGUGACUGCUUCAGAUUGUGAAAGUGCAGAACAUUUUGUCCUUUUGGAAAGAGAACAUUAAGAGUCCCUGGAAAUACUUUUAAUUUUUUUGAACUUAAAGUUCAAUAGACUGAAUCGUUUUUCUCAUUGACUAAACAUGUUUGAGAAACCUACAGUAAAAGCCAUUUGUGAGACCUAUUCUCAAAUACGUGCUGGGCCUGUGUUUAUAUACAGUCAUUCAAGAUACAAACAGGGCAGAAAUGUUUAAGCAUUAAAGAUAGCUUCCCAAAGCAUUUUUUGUUUUCUUACCAUGAAAACAGAACUGUUGAUUCCUUGGUUUUAGGCAGUUUCUAAAUGUUGUAAUUUCAGGCUCAUAAGCUCAUAGGGAGGUUUAAAGCUUAAUGUUUAGUUCCAGUAGGUGAGCUCUUUGG